AAAUUUCGAUUUUUUUAAUUUUAGUGCUUAUGAUGUAAAGUUUGAACGUUAUCUUAUAAUGGCGAAUUGUGUGAUUUCUUUCUGCGUCUGAUUAGAAAUCGAAGUGUAAAAUCGACUUGAUAUCCAAAAUCGACCUUCCAAUGGACAUUUAAUUCUGGAAAGAUGAUAAAAUACAUAAUUGGUUAGUGGUUUACCGAUACACGAUCUGAUUCAUGGAUCUGGUCGACGUCGUUUCUCUCAAAUCCGGAGGGUUUUUGAAGUGAUGGACGCGUCCGUGACAGGCUCUUUUGAACCGUUGACGUCCUUUUGAGGGGAGGCGAAUGAGCGAAGUCAGCUGACCCGCCGGACGUCUACUAUGACAAUCAUGGCCCAGAAGUUGGAUCAAAAGCAGAAAUGGGCAAUUCCGAAGUUCCAGACCAAGGGGCGAGAAGCGAUCCAUUCCGGCCACUUUAUGGUCUCGGACUUCGAAGCGGAGGCCCAGGACGACGAGGACGAACUCGCCGUGCCCGUCCCAGAAGUCGAGAAGGAGGUCGUCGAGGUGAAGUCCGUAACGGCCAACUGCCCGUCCAAAGACAGGACCGUCGUCUCAGUGCCUAUAAACUCUGUUAAACUUCCCUUCAACCAGCUUCUCAUCGAAACUUCCCUCACAAAACUGUUUCAAUGCAUGUCUUUGGCUUACAGGCAAAAGUUAACGUCACCAAAAUGGAACCGAUUCAAAGGAAUUCGUUUAAGAUGGAAGGACAAAAUAAGGCUGAACAACGUAAUUUGGAGGUGCUGGCACAUGCAGUUUAUAAAAAAGCAAAAUACAUUGGUUUGUCAAUUUGCUUCGCCAUUGGACGUCGAUACUCACAACAAACCAGAGGCUAUAGUUUUAGAGGGAAAAUAUUGGAAAAGAAAGUUAAACGCUGUCACUGCAGAAUACAAAAAAUGGCGUAUGUACAGUCGAAACCAAAUAUUAGGUCGCCCUCCCAAUUACGGACAUGAUACCCUGGCUGAAUUAGAAGGACACGAUUGGUCUUUAAAUUCCAACGAAAGUCUAAUGAUGGUUGAUGAAGACUACAUGGGGCUAAUGAGUGACACGUUGUUUUCUACAAUAACAGCCAAUCAGCCUUUUGCAUUUCCUGAUACAAGAGAAAUUGCCAGAGGAGCAAAUUUAGCAGAUUUCAUUCAACCGAGUCUUGUCCAAUUACAGCCAAACUUAGAAGAAUUCAUGGACAUAGAGCCAUUACAUGAACUUUUUUGCUCAAAACUUGUUAGUGUACCUGAAGAAACCCAGACCCUUCAGAUAACUCAGUUCUCGGAAGAAAAGCAAAUUUUAAGUCAGCAACCAGCACCUCCACCUGAUUACCCAACCACAUCAAUCCCUCCUUAUCCACCUCCUUAUCCUACACAGAGCCUUUGGUACGGCCUUCCAGAUUACAAUGACCCCACUGUCCAGCAAAGCAUCCCGCAACAAGCUCUCCCUUCACAAAAUCUUGAACCACACACUUAUACUCAACAGCCUACACAAUCAUCACCACCUUUGACAGAUUUAAUCGUUACGAGAAAAGAAGAUAUUUACUUACAACCAAAAGCUAAAUCUAAAUGGAGUGGAAAGCCUGACCAAGCCAAGAAAUUGGCAACAACAUUGAACAACUCUGCAGCUUUAGCAUUAAUACCUUCCAAUUCUGGUAUUGUUUUAACUCCCCUUGCUCCCGGUCCUGCAAUACCAACACAAAAUAUCUCACUUCAAGAAACACAACAGAACAACAACGCAUUUCUAGCUCAGCUUCUUACCAAUUCCACUCCUGCAAAUUAUGGUUUCGUGGGAAAUGAACAGACAAAUUCACCGACUAAGAGUUUACCACCGAAGGAAGAAAUUUCUUAUGCAUCACAACAGUCUAUCGGAAAUAUUAUUACUCUCCCUUUCAAAACUGAGAAUGAAUACAGUAAACAAAGGAGUUAUAAGAUAAAUCAAAAUAUGGGAAGCAGUACUUCACCCACCUUACAGACAGUACAAACUGUUGUGGCCAGUCCAAUGCUAAUAAAGUCCAUCCAAACACCAAUGCAUAAUGUUAUAUGCGGAAGUUCAACUAGUGUAUGCCCUGAAUCUCCGAACACAGGAGAAGCUCUUAGUCUUUCACCAAUAAGUGUGGGAAGUCCUACUUCCCCAUCAACUAGCAACAAGCCUGCUCCUGCUUAUCGAGAACACCGGAGAGUAUGCCAUAUCAAUGCCGAACAGAAACGUCGUUGUAAUAUAAAAAAUGGUUUUGACACGCUUCACUCCUUGAUUCCUCAUCUCAACCAGAAUCCAAACACAAAGUCCUUACAGAUGAGCAAAGCUGUUAUGCUACAGAAAGGUGCUGAGUAUAUCAGGCAAUUACAGAUGGAAAGAAACGAACUGGAAAAAGAAAUGGAAAGUUUAAAACAGCAGAUUGAAACAUUGAAUGCUGAAAUAUGCAAUUGCCAAUCAAUGCUUCCUGCAACAGGUGCUCCAAUUUCAAAACAUAGAAGCAACAAAAUGAGGGAUAUGUACAGAAAAUAUGUAAGGUCGAGGACUCAUGAAAACUGGAAAUUCUGGAUUCUGAGUUUGAUUUGUGAACCAUUGCUCGAAUCGUUCAACAAUAACGUAGCAACUUCAAGCCUUGAUGAUCUGUAUCGGACGACCUUACAAUGGAUAAAUCAGCAUUGUUCCCUCGUCAAUCUAAGACCUGUUGUACUAAACGCUUUUCGCCAUUUAAGUACAACAACUGAAGUUCUCAAAGAUCCUGCAAGGCUGCCAAACGAAGCAAUCCUGGCCGUAGAUAGGGCAGUUAAAAAAAGUUAAAACGAAGUGUUUUGACAUAAAGAAAAAUCUAUUUUUAUAAAUGUGUAACUAGAGAGAGAAAAGAAGAAAACAUUUACUUUGAAUUAGCAGAGUAAAGUAUAUUUUUUAAUUGUAUAUAAUUAUAAUGUGAUUUCACAAUAUGUAAAGCUUCCAAGUUCCACAAAACGACAAUUUUUGCUCAAACAAAAAAAACAUAUUUAGCUCUUAAGGUUUAAAUGCCUAAUAUUUUUACAUAUUUUUACUAACAAGCUUUUAAGAAACACCGGGACUGAAUACAAGUGCAAAUCAUGGAUUUAAAAAAGUGCCAUACAAUAAUUAUUAUUAAAGAAUAGAUGUUCCAAUUUUUUGCGUAAAUGCUGUGUAAUGGCAGAAAUGAAUUAACAUGAUUACCGAACUGCAUGUCUGUAUGCAUAAUGUGUUUAUUUGAAAAAUGUAUAAAUUGCUUAAAUCUUUUGUUUGAAUUAUAUUUUCAUUUAAAAAAAUGGAAGAGCUGUUCCUUAAGAAUAUAUAUUAAUUAUAGAUAGAUUUUAAAAGAUUGUCUUUUAAAACAAAAAUAAUAUAUUGUGAUCUCUUGUUAUUGCUGGUCAAUGUAUAAAAUUCUGUUGUUUGAAUAUGUUGUUAACAAGUUUUCUUAAUUAGUAGUAUAUACAGUUGGUUAUAAUUUUAAAUAAUUA